UCUAUCUACUCAAUUAAAUGAGGCAGCAGGCAGUCAUCAGGUUUUUUGUUUAAGUCACUCUUUAUCCCCCCCUGGAAUACAGAGCUGAUUAUAAAAAGGGGAGGGAGGGCAAACCAUUCAGAUUAAGAAAAAAGCUUAAGGUGUUUCAACACAGAGCUCCUCUGAGGCUUUAUAAAGAGGGUUGGGGGCUUCUGGGGAGGCUGAUCUACGCAGGCUUCUCUGGUGCUGGUGCUCCAGGAAGGACCGAUGUCCCCCGGCAGCUCCCAGGCACCCCCCAGCAAUGGGACCCCGGGGCCUUUCGACGGCCCCCAGUGGCCCCACCAGGCCCCGCGGAGCAUGUACACGUCGGUGGCCGUGCUGAUGGGUGUCGUGGUGGUCUGCGCCUCGGUCGUGAACGGGCUGGUCAUCGUGGUUUCCAUCCGGUACAAGAAGCUCCGGUCCCCCCUGAACUACAUCCUGGUGAACCUGGCCCUGGCCGACCUGCUGGUGACGCUCUGCGGCAGCUCCGUCAGCCUCUCCAACAACAUCAACGGCUUCUUCGUGUUCGGCAGACAGAUGUGUGAGCUGGAGGGCUUCAUGGUCUCCCUGACAGGCAUCGUGGGGCUGUGGUCGCUGGCCAUCCUGGCGCUGGAGCGGUACGUUGUGGUCUGCAGGCCCCUGGGAGACUUUCGGUUCCAGCACCGGCAUGCCGUGGGCGGCUGCGCCUUCACGUGGAGCUGGUCGCUGCUGUGGACCACCCCGCCGCUGCUGGGCUGGAGCAGCUACGUGCCCGAAGGGCUGAGGACCUCGUGUGGGCCCAACUGGUACACGGGCGGCAGCAACAACAACAGCUACAUCUUGGCCCUGUUCGUCGCCUGCUUCGUGCUGCCCCUCGGCCUGAUCCUCUUCUCCUACACCAACCUGCUCAUGACCCUGCGAGCGGCUGCGGCCCAGCAGAAGGGAGCCAACACCACGCAGCAGGCGGAGAGGGAAGUGACACGAAUGGUGGUCGUGAUGGUGAUGGCCUUCCUCAUCUGCUGGCUGCCCUACACCACGUUUGCCCUGGUGGUGGCCACCAACAAGGACAUCAGCAUCCAGCCGGCUCUCGCCUCUUUGCCCUCCUACUUCUCCAAGACAGCCACUGUGUACAACCCCAUCAUCUAUGUCUUCAUGAACAAGCAGUUUCAGAGCUGCCUGCUGAAAAUGCUGUGCUGCGGUCACCGUCCCCAGGGGACAGGAAGAACCAUGCCAGAGACACCCGGGCCCCGCGCAGGCGUCGCUAUGAACAAGGUGACGCCGUCACACCAUGUGUGACCUCUGCCUGCUCCUACCUGCAGAAAUGUCAGCACAGCCUCAUCAACACAGGCACGCAGAAAGGCUGGGGAGCAGCGGUUCAAGGGGACCCAGCAGUCCUCACCCUGCUCCCCAGAGCAACCCCCAUUGCCUUCUCCUGCCGUGGGAUAAAGUGCAAGCCUUUAUUUCACCCCUGCCUUCCAGACCCUCCCCUCGGGGGCUCAGGAGUCUUUUAAGGAUAAAACAUGGCAACAACUUUUCCUCCAUGCAGAAAAUCACAAGUUACUCUUCGGCCCUGGAGUUCAGCUGAAGGCUCUCCGGCUUUAUCUGGCACCUGCAGAGUGUGCCAGAGGCAGGAGCCGUCUGUUUGCUGUCCCUGCACAGACCGAGUCCUAUCUGCAUGGCCUGAGCUUGCUGUGAAGUGUUAGGUCACGUUGGAAAAAUCAUGCAGGUAUGUGUAGGUGCAGACUGAAUUAAUAAACGUUGG